UAGCUCUCGAUCGAUCUCUCUCCCCCCCAUAAUAUAUAAAGGAGAGGAGAUCAUUGUCACUUCAUUCAUCAAUCUCUCUCUCUCUCUAGCUCUCUCUCUAUAUAUAGUGCUUGUGCAUGUAUGCAUGAUCAGUUUGAGACUAUAUAUAAUUAAGUAAGUUGUUUAAUACCAAACAUGGAAAGAGAAGAAGGGGUUUUUGUGAGAGGGCGAGCAGAGAUUGACACCCGGGCACCAUUCCGGUCCGUUAAAGAAGCAGUCAUGUUAUUUGGGGAGAGAGUUUUAGCCGGUGAAAUCUAUGCCAACAAGUUCAAAGAGAUGCAAAUAAAAUCAAGUGAAAAUAGACAACUGCAGUCAUCAAGAAUUGGAGCAGUAACAAGUGAGCUUGAAGAAACAAAGCAAAGUCUUCAAAAGGCUAAAGAAGAGAGUAAUAUGAUGGCUUACUGCCUUAAAUCUCUCAAGGAUGAGCUUGAACAAACCAAGAGAGAGCUACAACAUUUGAAGUACUCAAGAGAUCAACAGUCCCAAUCCCAGAAACACUCACUUGAUCCCGAGAUCGAAGAGAUCAAGUUCGUGGAAACACAGAGAGAAGAAGAUCAAGGCGAGUUGGAUAAUAAUAAUCAGUUUCAAAAGAAGAGAUCAGUGAAGUUUGCAAGUCCUCCUGCACUAGCUCAAGUCAUUGUUAGCAAAGAUGUUGGUGAAGUGGUAGAGAGUACUACUACACAUCCUCCUAAAACAAAGAUGAAGAAGAGGUCCAAGCUUAUCAUCCCUUUAAUUGGAGGGAUGUUUUCGAGAAAGAAGGGAAGUACAACUAGUCAAGAAGGUUAGUCUCCAAUAGGUCGAGGUCGUCAUGAUCAUGGAUUCAAUUAGAUUAAUGCAUGCAUGAUCAUGAUAGAGAAGAAAAUGCGUCAAGAAAAGCAUUUUUUAUGCAUUAGUAUUUGGUUUUCUAAUAACUAAAAAUUAGUCACGAUUGAAGUUUUUUUUUUUUUUUUUUUUUUUUUUUUUGGCGACAUUCAUUUAUUAAGGUCAUGGUUUUGUACUGGAUGAGAAAAAGGCUGUAUUUUUGUUUUUCUUCAAUGAGAAAGUCAUUCAAUAAAGUAGACUAUAUAUGAAUCUAAAAG